AUGCCAUGGUCAUCAGGAGAAGAAAAGCUGUUAUAUGAAACACCAAAUGAAAACCUUUGGGGAGGCUGGGAGAGCCUUCCUCGUACUCAGUCGAGUGUAAUUAUUUUCAUUGUUUUUUCUUGUACUUACAGAUUAUUAGCGCCCCAUAGUUAAUGUGGAAGUCUUAAAAAUAGUAAUAAUAAGAGGAAGAAUUAUAAGAAAAUGAAAACUGAAAAAAAUAAAUAAAAUCUGGCCUAACGGUAGGGGUUUCAUCAUACAUUUGUUAUUCAUAAACCCACCAAAGUCAAAUCACUCUCAAAGACGGUCAGCACCUUGCUUUUAUCGCCCGUGUUAUUUGACAGUCAUUUCUAUUGAAUCUUUUUGUGAGGUGCCACCUUAAAUUAGUGCCGGUCGUCGAAAGAUAAUUCCCGCACUAUAGUACUUGUAUUCUAGCCCACUGCAGUUUCUCGACCUAAUUUCGUUAAACAAGUCUCAGCUUUGCCUUUCAUUUUUAGUAACAAAUUUCUCUGUUUCUUUGUUUCUUUUUAGUGGGGUUACAGUCCACAGCCUAACCACUACUCAUUGUGCAGAUCUUUUGAUCAAGAACCAAAAAAUUGGUUAAGAAGUACACUCAUUGAUGCUCAAAACGUUAAAAGAGUGACCGUUGCCGUCACGUACACAAUAGCAUCCUUUUGUUCCAUACAACCACCCAGCUCGUUUUGUGACGAAAAAAUUGGCGUCUAUGUAUGGGAAUCCGAUGUGAGGGUCACUUCUGACAAAAUUCCGAAUCCCCUGACCAGUAACAGUUCCUACAGAGAAAUUGCUACUACAAGCGGUCUGGCAAGCGUCCAAACAGUCUUACCCAUAGCUCUUCAGCUAAAAAGCAAAUAUUUCGUUCUCGGUUUUCUAGACCAAGGUGGUUGCAAAGUUUUGUCUUCCGUUAGGAUCACAUACAACAUCUGUCCUUCAACAACCCUUCAGGGCAGUUUGGUCCACUUAACAGAAAAAAUAGCUCCAUCAAGCGCCUUAAAGUCGGUCCAAGUGAAAGGAAUGUGUGCUGCCGACUCUUUCCAUGUUCAAGGAAGUUUGAAUGUCUCUUGUGAAAGCGGUGGUCAGUGGAAUGUCAGUCAGUUUGAAGGGAAAUGCGUCUGCAAGGAAGACAUGGAAAAUAUUGGUGGGACAUGUUCAGGUAUGCCGAUGCGGUAAUAACGCCCUUAAAGACUAUAUUUACCUGAUGACACUAAAUUCUAGACAUACGAUGAUGGACAUACGCUACUUUUGACCGCCAAUUAUUGAUAUAUAGGCAUAAAUUAUAAUUACUAUGUAUAUUUUAAAGUUGUUUUUUUUGCGUUGUUUCCUCAUUCCAGCUUGUCCACCGGGAACUUACAAUGACGCAAAGGGGCUUAACUGUACAGGUGUAUAAUUUCUUCACUUUUUGUUAUGCCAUAAUUUAUUCUGAAAUGAUUCAGAAACGUUACUUUGUUAGUCAGUCAGUCACAGUUUUGGCAAUCACUCACUCACACACUCAAUCAAUCAAUCAGUCACUCAGUCACUCACUCACUCAAUUAAUCAAUCAAUCAAUCAAUCAAUCAAUCAAUCAGUCAGUCAGUCAUGCAACCAACCUAUGGAUCAACCGAUCUGCACACAAUAUAUCGAUCAAUCAUGCUAUCGACUGAUUGAUGACUGAAUCAGUCAGUUAAAAAAUGGAUGCAAGACAAAAAGAAAAUUAAUUCACAAGGUAACGGAUCAAUCAAUGAGUUGAUUCGCUCAUGACAAUUCAUUCGAUUCGUUCAUGUGACGUGGACCCUAAGAAUAACUAAAUGAAGAGUAAGAAUUAAGACCUUCUUUUUUGAUUUUGCUGUCUUUUAGAAAGGUAACACCGUCCGAAUGUUCUCUCUUUAUCAUGUAUUUUUCCUCUCUCAUUUAGCCACCCCAUCACACCCGAGAAACGCUGUUAUACUUUUUGUUAACCAAAGUUCAGCUGCGAUAGCCUGGCUGGCUCCCGCCAUUACUGGUGACCAGGAAUUUUACGAAGUUGAAUGUCGACGCACUUGCGAUAUUGACAGCAAGGCCUGUACUGAUGGAAUAUGUGGUGGUAAUGACAAUAAAGGCUUCAUAUUUAUGAACAAAGGUUACGCAACUACAAUGACGAUUCCUGGGACGACGGGUUUGCUUUCCCUGUUUGUAAACUACACUUGUAAGAUCAUGGCUAAGAAUAGAGUCAGUGAGGUUGCUGCAAGAAAACACAAGGUCGAAGCAAGUAGCACCACGAUAACCUUCAAAACAAACGGAUCCGGUAAGUGACUGUGAUGUUUAAUGAUGUCUGGGUAAGGAAAAGUUUUGAGUUUCUACAUUCUUUUUGGAGAGUAUAAGUUCAUAAACCGCUAAGGCAGCGAUGAGACGUUUGUUCCACCUUCCGGUGUAUUGAAAUUAACUGUUGUUGUUAUGGUAUCAGUAUUGUUCUUGUUAACACAUUUAUAGGGAGUUUAAGCAGCGACGUUUUUGAGUGACGCAUGUCAAC